AUGGCCCAGCAGCGCCGUGUCCAGCUCUCCACCCAGCGUCCCACCAGCACCGUCUGCGUGCUGGGCACCGAGCUCUCCCUGGACGUCUGCGGAUCCGCGCCCAAAGACGCCGUCGCCUUCCACGUGCAGGGGACGCCGGGCGUGAAGCUCUACGUGGUGCACGAGACGCAGAGCGUCAAGUUGCCCUCCAGCAUGGGCCGCUGGCCGCUGGCCCCCGGCACCGAGGUGCUGCUGGCCAUGGAUGCUCUCAGCAAGGACGUCGGCGAUGAAAAGGUCAGGAUUUCCUAUUUCGGGGAGGCCUGUGGGGUGCCCAUGAGCAGAGCCAUGUUGUACCUCACCUGCGCAACGUGGACGUGGGGUCCCGAGGGACACGGGGCCAUCCUGCUGGUGAACUGUGACCGCGACGAUCCCAAAGCGGAGUUGCCGGAUAACCGGGACACCGCCGUCCGCUCCUACGCCGACCUGAAGGACAUGUCACAGAUGGUGCUGAGGACCCGAGGUCCCCGCCCCAUCUUCACCGGCCACCGCCUCGUGCUCCACGUGGACUACAGCGACGCCGACAAAGUCGGGGUUUUCUACGGCGGCAACAGCGUCCCGCUGGAGGAGUACAGGCACGUGCUGGGGGGCUCGAAGCUCACCUACACCGUCAAACCCAGCCGGCACCAGGACGAGAGCAUCUUCUACGUGGAGGGACUCGCCUUCCCUGAUGUGGGCUUCUCAGGGCUGGUGGCUUUCCAUGUCACGCUGCUGGAGAGCCCCGAGAAGGGUUUGCUGGAGACGCCGAUUUUCACCGACACGGUGGUUUUCCGCGUGGCCCCGUGGAUCAUGACCCCCAACACGGCAGCGCCGCUGGAGGUCUUCAUCUGCAGUGUGGAAAACAACGAGGAGUUUGUCACUGCCGUGGGUGCCCUGGCUGAGAAAGCCAAGUGCCCGCUCACCGUCUGCCCGCUGCUGGAGAACCGCAACGACCGCUGGAUCCAGGAUGAGGUUGAAUUUGGCUACGUCCAAGCCCCCCACAAGACCUUCCCUGUCGUCUUCGACUCGCCCCGGGACCGCGGGCUGGUGGAUUUUCCCUUCAAGCGCAUCCUGGGCCCCGAUUUUGGUUACGUGGCUCGACCAGAGGGCACUUCCAGCCUCGAUUCCUUUGGGAAUUUGGAGGUGAGCCCCCCCGUGACAGUGCAGGGCAAGGAGUACCCCUUGGGCCGCAUCCUGAUCGGCAGCAGCUUCCCCAGGUUCGGAGGCCGGCGGAUGGCCAAAGCUGUGAAGGAUUUUCUCUUCGCCCAGCGGGUGCAGGCGCCGGUGGAGCUCUUCUCAGACUGGCUCUCUGUUGGCCACGUGGAUGAGUUCCUCAGCUUCAUCCCCGCGCCCGAUCGGAAGAGUUUUCGGCUGCUUCUGGCCAGCCCCAGCGCCUGCUACCAGCUCCUCAAGGAGAAGCAAGAGGAGGGGUUUGGCGAGGCGGCGAUGUUCCAAGGGCUGCAGAAGGAUUCCAAGCCCACCAUAAACGAGAUCCUGGCGGAUAAAGGUCUCCGGAAGUUCAAUAACUACGUCCAG